AUGGCCUCUGGUGACUCUGUAAUUUAUAUCAUAGCUGGCGCAAAUCGCCCUCGUGGUAUAGGUUAUGGCAUGACUUCAUACAUACUCGCAUCCAACAAGGAAGCCUUUGUCUAUGCCGGAGCGCGAGAUCCUGACCAAGCAAUCGCUUUGCAAGAGUUGAAGUCAAAGUACCCAAAUCGACUCGCGAUUAUUAAAUGCGUUGCCGGGGAUGUCGCAGGGAACCAUGAGGCAAUGAAAGAAAUCGACAAACGUCAUGGUCGGGUGGACACUGUAAUAGCUUGCAUGGGUGUUGCCAAUGCCUUUGGAAAAGUCAACGAAGUAACCCUCAGUGAUAUGGAAAAUCACUUUCUGGUCAAUGCGAUGGGUCCUAUUGCCCUCUUUCAGGCUGCUUAUUCGCUCCUUAGAAAAAGUUUAAAUCCACGAUUUGUUUCCCUUGGUAGUAGCGGAGGUUGUAUCAGUGGAGGAUUUAUCGAAAGUCCCGUUGGAAGUGUGUGCUAUGGAACUAGCAAAGCAGCACUUCAUUGGGCAACACGUAAGAUUCAUUUUGAGAAUGAGUGGUUAGUGGCAUUCCCUUUAUCUCCCGGCGCGGUGGGCACAGAUAUGGUCGACAACAUUGUUGAAGCCGACAAAACGGGAAAUUUUCAGCGCAUGAUAGAAAGCAUGCCUCAGCUAUCUGCAGGCAAUGUCGUUGAAUCACUAGUCAAAAUCAUAGAUGGCUCCACCAGGGAGAGAAAUGGCGGAGAAUUUAUGCAUGUAGAUGGAACCAAGCUCCCGUAUUGGUAA